AUGACGACUAGGACAGAAUCAAAGAAGCCUCGUGCAAGAGAUCUUGGCAUUCCAUUUGAUGGUGUUCCUGGAAAGUACAAUGCAAUAACUGACGUUGAUGGCAUUCAAGUUGGAUUUAGUACAAUUAUCGAAGGGGAUUCGAUUCGAACAGGUGUAACAGCAAUAUUUCCGCGUAGAACAAAUUCGGAUCGUAGUCAAUCACCUUGUUUUGCAAAUUGGUUUUCUUUGAAUGGAAAUGGUGAAAUAACAGGUAUACAUCGGUUAGCAGAAUCUGGUUUACUUACAUGUCCAAUUUUAAUUACCAAUACACUUAGCGUUGGUAUCUGUCGAGAUUCAUUGAUUCGAUGGUUUCUACAAAAAAAUCAAAAUUGUCCUGUCGAUGCUCUUAUAGAUGUGUGCUUACCGAUCGUAGCUGAAACAUGGGACGGUUAUUUAAAUGAUUAUCAUGUAUUUUCCGUAAAAGAAGAACAUGUAUUCGAAGCAUUAAACAAUGCUGAAAAAUCGAAUGGAUUCAUUCGAGAAGGGAAUAUUGGUGGUGGCACAGGUAUGAUUUGUUUUGGUUUUAAAGGUGGAACGGGAACUAGUUCGAGAAAAGUCGAUGAUUUAAAUUAUACCGUCGGAGUUUUAGUACAAGCCAAUUUUGGACGAAAGAAACAAUUGAUUAUCGCCGGUGUACCUGUCGGUAAAGAAAUGCUUGAAAUGGGAAUGAAUAUCAGCGCUGUACCAGAUGAAGAUGCUGGUUCGCUUAUUGUCAUAUUAGCAACAGAUGCUCCUCUUUUACCGCAUCAAUUAAAACGUUUAGCAACUCGAGUCUCGCUUGGUUUAGGAAAAUUGGGUAGUAUUAGCGGUGAUUCAUCAGGCGAUAUUUUUCUCGCAUUUUCAACAGCUACUAUUUCGAAUGUACCAAUGAUGAAAACGGCCGAGUUUCUACCGAAUGAUCAGAUGAAUCCAUUAUUUGCAGCAACGAUUCAAUGUGUAGAAGAAGCAAUAGUUAAUGCUAUGAUUGCGGCUGAAACAAUGGUGGGAUAUAAUGGCGCUCAAACUAAUAAUCAUGUCGAAGGAUGCCAUCAUCGAUUAAAUAAUGAUUUAAAUAAUGUUGUACAUCCACAUUUUUAUAUAUUCAUUCAUGUAAUUCAAAAUGAUUAUGCUUAUAAUUUAGCAAUAUCAUCAUGUCAUUUAGCAACUGGUAUAUUACCUCCACGAAAAAAGUUAUUUGUAAAUCGAAAUGCACGAUUACAUAAUUUAGAAGAGCGUUUUAAACAUCAGACACUAAUAUUGAAUGAAUAUCUUGAAAAAGUUAUGCGAUUAAUCUGA